AUGCUUGUCUUCUUCUGGCUUCUCAGAGCAUGUAUCCCUCAACAAACCCCCAUUGGGAUCAGCUCUCAAGCCCUACAUCCACUAAACAGGGCUUUUGAGCACAAGGUAAACUGGUCGCUUGAGCAUUUCAACGUACCAGGGCUUGCAGUGGCCUUUAUCAAAGGCGACGAUGUCUUCACAAAGGGAUAUGGAGUUUCUGAUCUCUCUACCUCACGGGUAGUAUCCGACCAUACACUUUUCUUUGGAGGGAGCACAACGAAGGCUUUUACUGCCGCAUUACUUUCAUUGCUGGUUGACGAUAAUGAGAACUACCCUCACAUUCAAUGGAACACACCCGUCCACAGUCUCAUUCCAAAUGAUUUUAUUCUUCAAGAUCCUUGGGCUACUACUCAAAUUACGAUUGAGGACAUGUUAUCCCACCGCUCUGGAAUGCCACGCCAUGACUGGGUUUGGUUUGCAGACAUGACACUAAAGCAAGCCGUGCGAAAAAUCAGGCAUCUACCGCUUACGACACCGAUUCGUACCAACUUUCAGUACAAUAAUUUAAUGUAUAUGGCUGCUGCGCACCUCAUCGAAACUUUGACGGGUCGCCAUUUCAAAGAUAUCCUACGUGAGCGGAUCCUUGAGCCGUUGAACAUGACUGAAACUUACGUUUCUAUUUCUGAUGCCCAGAAUUCUGGAAAAGAUAUUGCUCGUGGGUACUUCUUAAACUCAACAGGGCAGAUGCAGGAUACCGAGCUUUCGUUUCAAGAGAGUAUCCGAGGAGCUGGGAAUAUUAUCUCCUCCGUAGCAGAUUAUGCCAAAUGGGUGAAAGUGUUAAUGCAUCGUCGCGCGCCCAUAUCGUCUGCGGGUUAUGCCUCUCUGAUGGGCGGUCAUGUUAUCGUUUCGCCAGAAGCAAUGCCACCCGAUACAUCUCCAACACUAUAUGGAUUUGGAUGGUUUCUACGGACGUACGCUGGAGAGGUGAUCAUCCAGCACCCUGGUGGAAUCGAAGGCUUUGGGAGUUUUGUCUGCUUCCUACCAAAAAAGCAGAUUGGAUUUGUCAUUUUGGGAAACAACAUGGUAGGAAUGAAUGCUGCUGCGACUGUACUCGGCAAUCAUUUAAUAGAUGAAAUCCUCGACACACCAGAGAAAGACCGGUUUGAUUGGAAACAGAGAGCGCAAGAGAGCCUAGAGAUCACUAAAAUUUCUCCAGCAAUCCUACAAGACCUCUAUCCGCAUAUUCCAGAGCCUCCACUUAAACCUCCUCUUAAGCUGUCUGCAUACGAAGGUAUAUAUACUCAUCCAGCCUAUCCAACUCUGAAUAUUACAAGCGAAUGCCCCAAAGAGUCUAUGUUCCCGCCACUAUCUAGCAAGCAGAAAUUAGGACGCGAAAAGCUCUGUGCCACGCUUUCUCAUAGCGCGUUUGGCGAUUCAGCGGUGAUACUAGAACUCCGACAUAUCACAGGCGAUUUUUGGAUUGUUGGAACUUUGAUGUAUGGUGCAUCCACUGCCACUAAAGCAAAAUUCAAGCUUGGCCCCGAAGGAACCAUUAGCAAACUUGCCAUAGAAAUGGAGCCAACUAUGGCGCUAGAGGAUAAAGGGAUAUUGUGGCAGAAGAGAGCUUAG